AUGUUGCCGGUUUCGCGAUCCGAACAAAUGAGUUACAAUUACGUUCCAACCUCUCAGCCCAUGUCCGGGACCUCGACAGGACGCAAUUCUCCUAGCGACUUGGCUGGGUCUGGCACGGCGAAGGCACCCUUUGGGCCCCCUGGGUCGAUUGGCGCUACGAGGCUGGGGGCUGGAUCCCCUUCAGAGUUGGGGGGACGUUUAUUCCAGAAGCGAGCCCGCGAAAUUCAAGCGCAAGAAGGCGUGUCUCCUAAUAUCUGGGGCCCUCCCACAAGUGGCCAUUCAACUCCACUUCGGGAGAACAUCCCCGAAUCGCCCAGCCAGGAUAGCUUUCCUGACUUUAAUCCUACCUCCAAUGCCCCUCUUUCUGGCUCUGGCCGCAGGGCCCGCGCUGGGACAGUGCCUUCCCGAUUCCCACCGAUGGCAACCCUCAGUGAAACGGAUCUUCAGCAGCCAUUUAUCUCGCAAACCUCCCGACCAACACCAUCUACCAGUCCAUUCCGCCCGGUUGUCUCUGGGAUUGACACGGGCUCGCAGGUGACAAGCUCAGGCGCGCCUAAUCCAGCUCUGUUGUCCCGUCUUCGAGCUGGCUCGAUGCCGCAGAGAAGCGGCUUGCUCGGUUCAGGCAAUCCUUUCGGCUCGUCACUGUUCCCUUCGGCUUGGUCGACCGGUCGUGAACGUGCUUCAACCUUGACUAGCAUCCGAUCUUCUGAAGACCCGAACUCCCCCAGCUAUUCUUCGUUCUCGCGAGAUGGACUUACAGACUCUGACAGAACUUUGGAUUAUCUUGGUCUUGCGGAGACUCCUCAGUCUGCACGGGCGUCUCUUUCACGGCCAUCGAUGGAAGCUCUCUUGCAACAGCAGCAGCAGCAGCAAGCACAGCAGCAACAACAACAUGCAGGACUCCCAGGGCUUCUGGCUGACAUGGCAAUGAUGAAAAGCAGCAACCGCUUUCGGUCUUAUUCCGUUAAUGCCAAGGAGAAAUAUGCAGAUGAUGAGGAUAUGGCAUAUGAGAGCCACUACUCUCAGCUCCCCUCGGGAAGUCUCACGCCCUCUGCUGCCGCAACUGCAGCUCAACUCGCCGCGACGCAGGCACAGAUCCACCAGCACAAUCUAGCCGUUCAGGCCUUUGCCUCCCAUGCUUCAGUUAACCGGCCGCGGGCACGAACUGCUGGUAUUCUAGAGGCCCCUCCCACCCGAUCUUCCAUUCGUAAUUACCUCGCAACUCCUUCUCGCCUUGACAGCUCGUUCAAUGCCGAAGAUCUCAUGGGAGAGAAUGACUAUGAUGACCUGUCUGAAGCAGUUCUUGGGCUACAACUCGGUGUGAACGGUGCUGCUGUGAUGGGUAUGCGGGCACAGGGUGAGAUGGCCGAUGAAAACAAUCAGGAUGGACCGACUCGAGCUCUAUGGAUCGGCAGCAUUCCCGUGUCAACAACUGUGAGCUCCCUGGAUGCCAUUUUCCGCCUGUACGGAAACAUCGAUUCCACUCGUGUCCUGACCCACAAGAACUGUGGAUUUGUCAAUUUUGAGCGUCUCGAAAGUGCAGUGCAGGCGAAGUCAGUUCUGAAUGGCAAAGAGAUCUUCCCCGGCGCAGGCCCUGUUCGGAUUGGCUACGCCAAGGUUCCUGGUGCUUCUGCCACAGGCACCCCUGGUGCAAAUGGCAUCCAGUCAUCCCCAACCCCCGAGGCCGGCUUCAAGUCUAACCUCGCGUCGGGUGAUGGUCUGGAUCGAGCAGAGAUCAGCUCCGUUCCUCAGAUUCCAGCCCUCAGUGACCUUCUCCCUGAGAUGGUGGAAAUUGUCCAAGAAUUUGGGGCCAAUGAGGAUGACAAGAACAACAUUACCAACAUCAUUCAAAAUGCCAUUGCUUUCCAAAACUUCGAGGACGAAAUCUCUCCUAUCCUUGAGCCGAGCCAGACUCGGAUGUUUGAUGCCCCUCGUCUCCGUGACAUUCGGAAGCGAAUCGAGGCUAAUACUUGUUCCAUCCAAGAGAUUGAAGAGACGGCUGGUGCAAUGCUUCCGGAGAUUGCAGAGCUGGCUUCUGACUACCUGGGCAAUACCGUCGUUCAAAAGCUUUUCCAAUUCUGCUCGGAGGCCACCAAAGAGCAGAUGCUUUCUCACAUUUCUCCUCAUCUCGCUGAGAUUGGUGUGCACAAGAAUGGAACUUGGGCUGCACAGAAGAUAAUUGAAGAAGCCAAAACACCAACCCAGAUGAACAUGAUCGUUGACGCACUUCGUCCAUACACUGUACCUCUCUUCCUGGAUCAGUACGGCAACUAUGUCCUCCAAGGCUGCUUGCGGUUUGGUGCACCUUACAACAAUUUUAUCUUUGAGACUAUGCUCAGCCGGAUGUGGGAGAUUGCCCAGGGCCGAUUUGGAUCCCGAGCCAUGCGUGCUUGCUUGGAAAGCCACCGUGCUACAAAGGACCAGCAGCGGACACUUGCUGCAGCCAUUGCCCUUCAUACCGUGCAGUUGGUGACAAAUGCCAAUGGAGCUCUUCUGCUCACUUGGUUCCUUGACACUUGUAACUUCCCCCGCCGUCGGACUGUACUCGCUCCUCGACUUGUUCCUCAUCUUGUGCACCUUUGCACCCAUAAGGUGGCCUACCUUACGGUUCUCAAGGUGAUCAACCAGCGCAAUGAGCCCGAGGCCAGAGAUAUCAUUCUCAAGGCCUUGUUCUUCAGCCCUGGUGACGAAAUUCUGGAGAAGAUCCUGAGUGACCAGACUUCGGGCGCCACUCUAAUAUUCAAGGUCUUGACUACCCCCUUCUUCGACGAGUCUAUGCGUGCGGAGGUUAUUAAGAACGUUGCAAAGGUCUUGACCAAACUGAAGGCCUCUCCUAGCCAGGGAUAUAAGCGCCUGAUGGACGAAGUUGGCCUCACCUCGCGUGGGAACGGCCGUGAGCAUCAUCAUGGACGCGAACACGGUGCAAGUCACUCUUCCACACCCGAGAAGUCUCAACCGCGUCAAUCUUCUCGACACGGUAGUACCAACUACCCCUCGCAGCCUUCUAUGGAGAGACAAUACAGCGGCCAGUAUCCUCUGGGACAGAACCCCGACUCCCGACCAAUCUCUGCCGACCACCACAAUGCCCCGCCGCUUGAUCCAUACACCAGCAAUGGCAUUAACGGCUUUUCGAAUCCCUUGAAUGGUCUCGGUGGUGUUGGGUUCCAAGAUCCUGUGGCCCAGCUUCCUCAACUGCAGUACCAGAACUAUCUCGCUGCCCAGGCCCGUGGGGUCUCUCCUGGUGGCAUGUACGCUGGUAUGCCCGGGGCGAUUGGUGGGGCAAACUUCGUGUACCCAGGUGGAUCGCCAUCAAUGGAGACUCUGCGAUCCAUGCAGAACCAGCAGGGAUCACCGCUGUCAGCAGGAACCAACCCCAUGAUUGGUCAACCAAACUACCCCUCCCAACAAUUCAGCCCUGUGAUGCCUCCUGCUCAGGUCUACCAAUACCCUCCGCAAUUCUACCCCCAGGCACAGUCAGUCCAGGGACAGUCCAGCGGAGGCCGACGUGGACGGGUGAGUUCUUUUUACGAUGCCUAG